UAAUAAUUAAAAAUUAAAAUAAUUAAGGAUAUUAAAAUUAAAUUAAUUAAUAAAUUGUGCAAACAAUGCUUGCAAAACGCAAAUUCGCCAACUCGCUACUUUUCAUUUUCGCACUCUGCCUACUCGCGCCGCGUACCGUGCACAGUGCAGAAGCAUAUGAUGACGACACAGAAGACGCCAGCACAGUAGAGGAAAGCGUCGAGCUCAGCCUGCUAUCGGCCGAAGUUAUUGACGGCAUACGAGAGAACACCGCUGAGACCACAACGACCACAGCGACCUCAACGAUGAACUUAGAAACUACAACCACAACAACACAACUGGCGAACGAUGUUGAAAAGAGAAACGAUUACGAAGAUAUUCGUCCACAAUUGCGUUACAUCAAAACACUGGAUGAUAAUUGUCUGGAGGGCUUUUGUUACAAUUUCCACUACGGCGACCUGAAUGAGGUGGCCUUUUUCGAUGUGAAAACCGAAGUGCGCAUCAAUAAGGACGAGACCACCUAUGAUAUUGUGAAUGCGCGUAAUUAUGAUACGCUCGUUUUUGAAAAUUCAACAUUUGCACGUUUUCCACUACAUCUCUUCUAUGCGGUGAGUGUUAAGGAGUUAGAUGUGCGUAAUUGUUCCAUAAAAGCGGUGACGUGGGAAUGUUUCUUAAUGGCACAAGGCUUACGUAUACUGCUGCUCUCUAACAAUCGCUUGGAAUCAAUCGAACCGGGCACGUUCGACUUUGCCAACGAUCUGCAAUAUCUUUUUCUCGACUCGAAUCGCUUAAGCAAUUUGCAGCGUGAAAGUUUUAAGGGUCUCACACAGUUACGUUAUUUGGAAAUGAGUCGCAAUCAAUUGACAGAAUUACCGAAUGGUCUAUUCGAUACGCUCACCGCUUUGGAGGAGCUACGUUUGGAUGAUAAUCGUUUGCGUAAGCUUACGAAUAAAAUUUUCCCCAAUAAUUUAAAUUUAUUAAUACUAUCGGCUGGUGCUAAUCGACUAGAGGAAAUAGAAGAUCACACCUUUCGACGACAAGAUAAGCUCAUCAUUCUGGAUGUCACAAAUAAUCCGGAGCUGCGCACGCUCGUCUUGUUGCUGCAGUUACAGAAUUUGGCAGCCUCCAAUUGUGCGUUGACACGUGUCAAUAUUUACGGUUAUGUGCGUAAUGUUGACCUCAGUAAUAAUCGCAUAACAGAGUUGUACUUUGCUCAACCCGAUGUACUCACGACAUUGUCACUGCGCAACAAUUCGCUCGAACAGAUUGCCUCGUUGUCCCGUGCAACAAACUUACAAGUCCUCGAAUUGUGUGAUAAUCCCAAUAUGAGCACGCUGCCCUCACCAUGGCUCGCCAAUUCCUUGACACGCUUGAAUCUCGGCAAUACUGGCUUGAAACAAUUACCCGUCGAGGCCAUCGCCGAGCAAACACAACUUAUAUAUCUCAAUGUCUCGCACAAUCACUUGCGCGAGAUCAAUCCGCAGAACUUUAAAUAUUUGGAGAAUUUAACGCGAUUCGAUAUACGUGGCAACGACUGGAAUUGCUACAAUUUGAAUGUACUCAUGGAUAUGCUAUUAAAACCGCAUGCAAUUAUCUAUGGCAAUGAUGACAUGGAUGCCGAAUUCCCGGGUGAAUACAUCAAUGGCAUUGCUUGUAUGUAUCGCAUCGAGAAUUGGUCAGUGGAUGACUCAGCAGCGGCUGCGGGUAGUGACCAGCAAACGAUGGAGUCGAUGGGGAAUACGGUUUUUCGUUUGGCACAAUUACAGAAACAACCACAGGAAGAGGUGGAGAGUUUACGUAGAGAGCUGAAAGCUAUUGUAAGCAUUUAUGAGCAAAAGUUCGAUCGUGCCUUUCAGUUGAUCGAAGACUUGAAUGCGCGUCUGCGUGCUUUUGAGAACUUGAAUGCAACACUGUUCCAACAUGUUACGAUAACGGUUUAAAGGCUGUUUUGAAAUUAAAAUUUUUAUAAAGUAAAGAAAUAAAUUAAAUAUUACAUUACAUUAAUAUGGAUAUCACACUGAGGAGCAUAAAUUAGGCUUAAUGAGAAGAUAAUUUUAAGCAGCGUUGCCACAUGUAAAAAAAACUUAUUUCAAAUAAUUGAUUUGUUACAUUACAUUUUAUACAUUAAUAUAUGGUAUUAAAGUAAUAUUUGAAGAGCUUAAUGGUGAGGAAAUUUUUUGGGAGGAGAGUUGCCACCAGCUUGUAAAAGUUAGUUCAAUUUAGACAAUUUCUGAUUAAUUGAAAUGUUAUAUUGAGGAUGCUGAACUCAAUGGAAUUUCAAAGGAUUACAGCGACAAAUAUUUCCGAGGGUUGCCACCUUUUCAAAAUUUUAAAUACAAUCAAAUUUUAAAAAUUAUAAGUGAUGAAAUGCGGGUAUGAAACAGAAGAGCACAAAUAAAAGCUUAAUGACAAUAUAAUUUUGAGAAGCGUUGCCACAUUUAAAAAAAAUUUUAAGGAAUCGAUUUGUUUUAUGACUAAUUUUUCGUUAAUAAAAUAAAUAUAUGGUAUUCGCGUAA